UCAUUGUGCAAGGCGAUGCUCGUGUGACGUCACUGCUGCGCGGACCCAGAUCAUGACGCGCUCCGUGUUUGCUUGCUCUGGUUCGCGUUGACGCUCCGCGGCUCGCUUGAUCCGGAUCCGAUGGAGGGAGCCGCGGCCGGAGGAUGCGCGGCGGAGGACGCGGACUCGCUGAUGGAUGCUGCAGAUCUCGACGCUGCUUUUAAGAAGACCUACAUAACUGAGAUGCCGUCGUCCUCGUGUCCCUCCAGCUCCGGGCUUGAAAAGAAGAUCGGUCACAGGCGGGUCGAUGCAUCCGGUGAAACCACCUACAAGAAGACGACUUCGUCUGCCCUGAAAGGAGCCAUUCAGCUGGGGAUCGGCUACACUGUGGGUAACCUGAGCUCCAAACCCGAGCGCGACGUCCUCAUGCAAGACUUCUACGUGGUGGAGAGCAUUUUCUUCCCCAGUGAAGGCAGUAAUCUGACGCCGGCGCAUCACUAUCCAGACUUCAGGUUUAAAACAUACGCUCCGGUGGCUUUCCGCUACUUCAGAGAGCUCUUCGGGAUUCGACCGGACGACUAUCUGUAUUCUCUCUGUAAUGAGCCCUUGAUCGAGCUCUCAAACCCCGGUGCCAGCGGCUCCAUUUUCUACGUCACUCGAGACGAUGAAUUCAUCCUGAAGACCGUCAUGCACAAAGAGGCUGAGUUCCUGCAGAAGCUGCUUCCAGGAUACUACAUGAACCUGAACCAGAAUCCCCGCACGCUGCUGCCCAAGUUCUUCGGCUUGUACUGCGUUCAGUCCGGAGGGAAGAACAUCCGUAUCGUGGUGAUGAAUAACAUCCUGCCGCGCAUCGUUCGCAUGCACCUCAAGUUCGACCUGAAGGGCUCCACGUACAAGCGCCGCGCGUCCAAGAAAGAGCGCGAGAAGUCCAAGCCCACCUUUAAAGACCUGGACUUCAUGCAGGACGUUCAGGACGGACUCCUGCUGGAUGUGGACACGUAUAACGCGCUGCUGAAGACGCUCCAGAGAGACUGUCUGGUGUUGGAGAGUUUUAAGAUCAUGGACUACAGUCUGCUGCUGGGGGUUCAUAAUCUGGAGCAGGCGGAGCGCGAGCAGCAGAUGGAGGGAUCUCAGAGCAGCAGCGAUGAGAAGAGACCGGCCGCGCAGCGAGCGCUUUACUCCAGCGCCAUGGAGUCCAUUCAGGGAGGAGCGGCAUGCAGCGGCUCCAUAGACACCGACGACACGAUGGGUGGCAUUCCUGCUGUCAGCGGCACAGGAGAGAGACUCCUGCUCUUCAUCGGCAUCAUAGACAUCCUGCAGUCCUACAGACUCACAAAGAAGCUGGAACACACGUGGAAGGCUCUGGUGCACGACGGAGACACUGUUUCCGUCCACCGACCGAACUUCUACGCUGACCGCUUCUUCAGGUUCAUGAGCAGCACUGUGUUCAAGAAAAGCACUUCACUGAAGGCUUCUCCAGCUAAGAAGGGCCGUGCGGUGCUGACCGUGCCCAAACUCAGUGGCCCCGGAGCGGCCUGGUCAGCCUGCCAGCUUCCCUCAGAGAGAGACGAGAACAUCUAUGAUCUGAGAGGAGCGCGCAGCUUCCCCGUGCUGGAAAACCAUGGUCUGCAGUCCUGCACUCCUCCAUCGUUCGAGGAAGCGACCACGGCGUCUGUGUCCACAACUCUGUCCUCCAACACCUCCAUAUCAAUCCCAGAACGCUCUCCGUCAGACACCACAGAGCAGCCGCGCUACAGAAGACGCACAUGGUCUCUGAAAGACGUCGAGGGACGGACACAUGAGGUGGUGGAUGUGCAUGAGGAAGAGCAGCAGACCAUCACUGUGCAGGUGGAGGUGAAGAGAGAGAGAGAAGACGAGGAGGAGGAGCCAGACGUCUCUGUGACACACUCGGUGACGGACGUUCCUCCUCCAGACAUUGAUGACCUCGUCUCAAAAACAGCACCCGUUGCCAAGGAAACCGUCUCCCAGACAACACUUCCUGGUGACACCCAGACGACACUUCCUGUGGAAACAGCUCCUCUGACAGAAAGCGGGGCCCUAGAGUCAGCUCCGGCCCCUGAAGCAGCCUUCAGCCCAAACACACAGCGUCUCUCAGAGUCCCAGAGCCGCGGAUCUCUGGAGGAAGAGCUCGCCUCAACCACUGACAUCUACUUUACUCCAGAGGACAGGAGUUGGGUUUAUUCGCCCCUGCAUCACGGCUCAGAGCCUCACAGUGAAAGCGACACAUAAUCUGGAUGUUCAGUAGACGUCUCUCUGUGGGUCUGAAGCGGUUUUGCUGUUCUCCAGGAUGCAUUCUGCUCUUCUGAGCACGAGCGAGAUGAACUGAAGAACCUUCCAGACAAAAACCUUGAU